AUGCCAUAUCAGAAUGACGUGAAACAUGCACUGAAGAAUAAAGAUCAAGUGAGAUUAAAUGUUGUCAGGAGUAUUCUUACGGAUAUCACUUAUGCAACCAAAUCCUCGUCCAACUCCUCGCAUAUCGGUUCCUCUGACCAAGAUAUCUAUUUGAUUAUUAACCGUGCGAUUAAACGCCAUAAAGAAUCUAUUGACCAAUUCUCUCAAGCUGGUCGCACAGAUCUCGUGGAAAAUGAAGAGUUAGAAUUGGAAAUAUUGAACUCCUAUCUGCCCCAACAAAUGUCUGAACAAGAAAUCGAAACCGAAGUUGUGAAUGUCAUUCAAAGAAUUGGUGUCCAGGGUGGAAUUCAAAAUUUAGGAAAAGUCAUGAAGGAAUUGAAUUUGGAUGUGGGAAGGGCCCCUAAAAAUGUGGUGGCGCAACCACCUCCACCAGGUCAAAAGCGUGUUAAAGAGGAUUGGGAAAACAUCUGGUAUUAUGGGAUGGGAGGUUGCCUCUUGUUAGGCAUUGUUAUCGCUAUAUAUAAACCCGACACUAGGUAG